AUGGCUCAUCUACUCCAUCUCAUUCUAACCGUUGCUCUACUUUUUGCCAUUCUCGAAGUCGAUGCUAGAUAUCGUGUAAAAGGUGUCAACCCUGUUUUUGCCAAACACUUCAAGAACGAUUCUCAAGACUUUUACAACAUUGCUCCGGAUGUUUGCAAACAGGACCCUCGAUUUUUGACAAUGUAUUUGUGUAUGGGAAAUUUGGCGAACGGAAAAAACUGCGCGAAAAUCAAAAAUUCUAAAUACAUUGAAGAAUUUUUGAACGAAGAAGCAAACACUAAAGAUUUUGAUUUGAUAUUCCUCCACGAUGUCUGCAUGUUCUCUCAAAUCAACUUCAAAGCAAUGUUCGAUGAUGCUCUUGACUACGCGGUCUACGUCGAACCAAUCAGUGAACUACCACAGGAAGCUCAAGAUAUCCGAAAUUUCCCUUAUUCUGGAAUCGUCAGUGCUAUGAUGGAACUUCUCACAACUGAUCUCAAUGCAUUCAGAGAUGUUUGGAAAAUUUAUUGGAAUUAA